AUGAAUGCGAUCCUGGCGCAGCCGACAGCCGAUGCACAAGUUGUUAGUUGUCGUGGGCUCGCCCGGCGGCGGCGGACCACUUGGACUUUUAUUGAUAAUUGUAAGCUUUUCUCAUUUAUAUUAAUCCGCAAGUCAACAAUUUUGAGAUUCGCCCCCCGCGGUGGUGUAGGAUACGACUCAAUACAUUUAUUAAUAAACGAAGAGACUAAUUGUUCACCUGCGGCGUACCUCCGCUUCGGAAAGCGCGGUCGGGCGAAGGGCGAGCGGGACGCGGCGCCACCGCCACCCGCAUUUGUGAUGCAAAUUGUUGCGCCGCAGAGCGCCGAUGCGCUUCACGCCUUACCUGCCUCGCCCGACGUAAUUAUUUUGAAAAAUAUUCAUUUGUUCGCGUUUAGCGCUUUCCUCGCCGCGCCGACUGCGUCUCGUUUCGCCGAGAAUAAGAACGGCGGCAAGAAGCGUGCGGUGAAACCGAGUCAAAGCGUGGGUAUUAGAAACGCUCCGAUUACCACGCUCGACGCUCCCACCGAGAGAUUCAACUGGUGCUUACUUCUCUUCGCGAGUACGCCGAGCUACCUCGCGUAUCUCAAAAGCUUAUUAGUCGUCGACUCGAGGGCCUCGGCCGGCAUGACCGCCAUCGUGUAA